GCGCUCGGGCUGGGGGCAGCUCCCUCCCGGCAGGCGGGGGUUAACAAAAACACGCGUUUUCCGCCGAGCCCCCGCCGCGCCCCGGCCCCGACCGGGGAACCCCGCUCCGCCGCGCUCCGCUCCGCCCGGCCCGGCCCUGCUCGGCCCCGCUCCCUCCGGGCUGACGCAAGGCCGGGCCCGCCGGGGAGGCCGCGCCGGGCUGUCACCAGGGGGCACCGCCGCGAUCGCCGAGCACCGGGAAUCACCAUCCUGGAGGGACAACAACAACAACAACAACAGAGAGCCCCGGCCCGCGGCGCCGGCGGGCGGCGGGACCUGGCCAUGGCCCCCGGCUCCGGGCAGCGCUUCCCCGUCCUCCGGCACCGCUCGCCCGCCCCUCUGGAGCCCUAAAUCCACUAUCACGGUUUUGUAGCGUUUUUUAUUAUUUUGUAUUAUUUCUGGUUUUCCGCUGCCCCCUUCCUCCUCCGUGCCACCCCUCUCGGCGCCUCGGCCCCGCCGCGCUCCGCUCCGCUCGGCCGGGCGGGCGGGCGGCCGCGAGCGGAGCGGAUCGGCGCGGUCGGCGCGAACAUGGCGACGGUGCCCGUCUAUUGCAUCUGCCGGCUGCCCUACGACGUGACCCGCUUCAUGAUCGAGUGCGACGCCUGCAAGGACUGGUUCCACGGCAGCUGUGUUGGUGUGGAAGAAGAGGAGGCACCAGAUAUUGACAUCUAUCAUUGUCCAAAUUGUGAGAAAACCCACGGAAAGUCAACCUUGAAAAAGAAAAGGAAUUGGCAUAAGCAUGAUACCGGCCAGACAACGGAGGUGAAGCCUGUGCAGAACGGGAGCCAAGUGUUUAUAAAGGAGCUGCGGAGUCGGACAUUUCCCAGUGCUGAAGACAUAGUGGUGAAAGUGCCAGGCAGCCAGCUGACAGCAGAGUAUUUGGAAGAGAAGGGCUUUGCCGAGCCCAUCCUGGUCCCCAAGAAGGAUGGGCUGGGUCUGGCUGUGCCUGCCCCCACCUUCUACGUCAGCGACGUCGAGAACUACGUUGGGCCGGAGCGCAGCGUUGAUGUCACUGAUGUCACCAAGCAGAAAGAUUGCAAGAUGAAGCUCAAGGAAUUUGUGGAUUACUACUACAGCACAAACAGGAAAAGGGUCUUAAAUGUCACAAACCUGGAGUUCUCUGACACCAGGAUGUCCAGCUUUGUAGAGCCUCCUGAUAUCGUUAAGAAGCUGUCCUGGGUGGAAAAUUACUGGCCUGACGAUGCUCUGCUGGCUAAACCCAAAGUGACCAAGUACUGCCUGAUCUGCGUGAAAGACAGCUACACUGACUUCCACAUAGACUCUGGGGGGGCUUCUGCCUGGUACCACGUGCUGAAGGGAGAAAAGAUCUUUUAUCUCAUCAAACCAGCCUCUGCAAAUAUUUCUCUGUAUGAACGCUGGCAGUCAGCAGCAAAUCACAGUGAGAUGUUUUUUGCAGACCAAGUAGACAAAUGUUACAAAUGCACCAUUAAACAAGGCCAGACACUCUUCAUCCCAUCAGGCUGGAUUUAUGCAACUCUAACACCAGUAGACUGCCUGGCCUUUGCAGGACAUUUUCUACACAGUCUAAGUGUGGAAAUGCAGAUGAGGGCAUAUGAAGUAGAAAGGAGGUUGAAAAUCGUCAGUCUGACCCAGUUUCCCAACUUUGAAACGGCAUGUUGGUAUAUGGGGAAGCAUCUGCUAGAGAAGUUCAAAGGUUUGCAUAAAGCUGGACAACAACCACCUGCUCAUCUCCUUCAGGGAGCAAAGAUCCUCAAUGGUGCUUUCAGGUCAUGGACUAAAAAACAGGCUUUAGCAGAGCAUGAAGAUGAACUGCCAGAAAACUUCAAACCAGCACAACUUAUCAAGGACCUUGCCAAAGAAAUAAGAUUAAGUGAGAAUGCUUCAAAGGCCAGCAAAGCAGACACGAGUGCCAACCCCGCGGCCGAGGAGAUCUGUCCUGUGCAGAAGGAGGAGGCUCCGUCGCCCGUCCAAGUCACCCCUCCGCCCCCACCUCUAGAAAAGCUUCCUAAAAAAAAGACUCCCAAAACUGUGAAAACCCCCAAACAGCUCAAGCCAUCCAAACCCCCGAAGGCUCCCAAAUCCCCCAAACCUCCCAAAACACCGAAAGUGAAGGGAGAAGGCAAAAAGAAAGGAAAGAAGGCAAAGGAGAGCCCUCCACCAGCCAUCCCCAACCUCGACCUGCUGGAGGCACACACAAAGGAGGCUCUGACCAAGAUUGAGACGCCAAAGAAGGGGAAGGCUGCAAAGAAUGUUUUAAGUGUUCCCAAUAAGGAAUCUGUGAGCAAACAGAAUGAGGUGGAGAAAUUUGAAGUUCGAGAGCAAAAUAAAAGCAAAACAGAAGCCAAAUGGAAAUACAAGAACAGUAAACCUGACUCACUCCUAAAAAUGGAAGAGGAGCACAAAUCGGAAAAGACGCCUUUAUCAGGAAAUAAAGACAACAAAUUCACAUUCUCUUUCUCUAAUAAGAAGUUGCUUGGUUCAAAGGGAGUCAAAACUCAUCUGAAUACCAGUGUGUUUGGGUCACUGCAGAAUUUUAAAGAGGACAAAGCCAAACCUGUACGGGAUGAAUAUGAAUAUGUGUCAGAUGAUGGUGAACUAAAAAUUGAUGAGUUUCCAAUCAGAAGAAAGAAAAACACUGCAAAAAGAGAACUGCCCUUUUUAUCAGAUAAAAAGGAAGCCCUGCAUCAUACUCCUGUUAAGAAGGCAAAGGUGGAGUCAGUACCAUACAAGAGCGAGGACUCAUCAGAUGAAGAUUUGCUUCACAUUGACACAGAGGCAAAGCCUGGACGCAAUUCCAAAGUAAAGAAAGAGAGUGGAAGUUCAGCAGGAAUUCUUGAUCUUUUGCAGGCAAGCAAGGAAGUUGGGGGUUUAGAGUAUAACACCAACAGCCAGCCACCUGCCUCCCCCAGCACGCAGGAAGCCAUCCAGGGCAUGCUCUCUAUGGCAAACCUCCAGGCCUCAGAGUCCUGCCUGCAGACGUCGUGGGGUACCAAUCAGGCGAAGAACAACUCCUUCUCCACACAAAACUUGAAGAAAACUGGUGGUGGUGGCAACAAAAACGCUGGGAAACGGCUGCUGAAGAAAAGCACAAAGAACAGCAUCGACAUUGAGGAUUACGACGAGGACCAGGAUCACUUGGAUGCCUGUUUUAAGGACUCGGAUUAUGUUUACCCUUCUCUGGAAUCAGACGAAGAUAAUCCAGUAUUCAAGUCCCGAUCAAAGAAAAGGAAAAGUUCAGAUGAUGCCCCUUACAGUCCAACUGCACGGGUUGGCCCCUCGGUGCCCCGCCAGGACAGACCGGUGCGAGAAGGCACAAGAGUCGCCUCCAUCGAAACUGGACUCGCCGCCGCUGCCGCCAAGCUGUCACAGCAGGAGGAACAAAAAGGCAAGAAGAAAAAAAAUACCAAAAAGAAGCUGUCAGCCCCCAACGCAAGCAAAGAGGCUCAGGAAGGCAGCUCCCCCGAGCCGAAGCUGGAGUCACAGGCCAGCAGCCUCACAGAUCACGAGUACACCGCAGGGGCCAGCACCUUUGGGGUCGCCCAGCCUAACAGGGGAUCGCAGCCGAUGGCACCCGGUGUUUUCCUCACACAGAGGAGACCCUCAUCAUCCUCGCAGAACAAUGCCUCCGCCAAAGGGAAGCGUACGAAGAAGGGGAUGGCCACGGCCAAGCAGCGGCUCGGCAAGAUCCUGAAGAUCCACCGGAAUGGGAAGCUGCUGCUCUAGUGGCCCCGGGGACGCUGCCACCCAGUUCUGGGCCACCACCACAAUAAUCCCUUUAACUUUCAGCGGUCGGACUGUACAGAAUCCUGCUAUAAAUAUUUUUUAAUAUAGAUGUCCUUUCUCAGAGUGCUGAGAGCAACUAGCCGCAAAAAGUUAAUACUAAUCUCGGCCACGGAGGAGCGCGCCAGGCCCCCGCUCCAGCACCGGCUCCGGCCUUGGGCUCCUCGUCCCGCCCGGCCAGCAGGCAGGGCGGGUGGCCGCAGCUGCUGUGGUGGCAGUGCCAGGAGCAGGAAGGGCCACAAGGCCACGUGGCGGGAGGGGACCGCAGGACUCGAGGCGUGGAGCGGUGAGGUGGCGGGCGCGUUUCUCAGACACCGCCUCCGCCCCACGCAGCCGCAUGCCGGGCCCCUUUUCCUAGAAUGUAGCUUGUACAUAGCUUUUGGAAUAACCACCGCCGGGUUUUUAUACGGGGAGGGUCUCUCCGGGCGCUGCCCGCCGGUACCAGCUCUUUGCGUAACUUCUUGUACGAGGAGGGAGACAGUUAUUUUACUAGCACCUUGUGGAGUGUUUCCGUGUUUUGUGACGAUGUAAUUUAUUAAUGUUUGUAGCUUUUUAUAUUUGUACAUUUCUUAUGGGCUUUGUUUAUAUACACACAUUACUGGGGCGCGGCGCCUGCGGGGAACCAGAGCCACCUGCCACUGUGUGCCAGGGCCACCGGGGCCACCACCAGGGCCACCACCAGGGUCAACAGGGCCAAGCCGGCCUGGGCGUCGCGCCAGCUUUUUUUAUUAUGAUUAUGAUUAUUAUUAUUAUUAUUAGUAUUAUUAUUUUUUCGCAACAUGUACAUUUCUAACAAAGUUUAUCGUGGCUAUCUAUCUAUGACGGUGUUUUAUUUACCGAUUCAUAUCAAAUGCUCUUGUAUCGACUUCACAAAAUCUUAAGUAAACCUAGAGCAAAGUUUAAAAAAAGAAGAAAAAAAAGGAAAAAAAAAAAAAAGAAAGCAAAGUAAAACUAUUUCAGGUUUUGUACA